AUGGUGAUGUGGCAUCUCGAGCCAAUCAAACAGACAAGUGGGUGUGAACAGUUGGAGCAGAUGGAACAGUCUGCUGGACAUAAAGUGGAGGCCACUGAAUUCAACAAUGAGCAGAUGGGAGAGUAUGCUAGAUAUAAAGAGAAGUUUACUCAAGCCUACAAGAAGCUAUGGGAAGUCUGCAGGGGAAAAGGUGGAAGCUAUACAAGUCAUCAUCAGAGGUAUGGUAGGACUUGA